AUGGCAGCAAACGCAAACUCCCAGGGCACCUUCAACCGGCCGAUCAACCAUGUAGCCAUAUCAUGUACCGAUAUCGAUGCCCUUGUCCAGUGGUACGCGGAAGUCCUGGGCUUCCAGGUCAUCAGCGACGUACGGCACUGCAAGCGGUCCGUCGACCCGACACCGUUCGACACCAUAUUCGUGUCGUACCCGGCGGAGACGCUGCAGGAGCUUAAGUUUGCCAUCAUGACCUCGGGAAAUGGUGUCGGGAUCGAGCUCUUCCAGUUCAUCGACCCGGCCCCGGAACCGGGCACGGGAGGAGGCUUCAACUUCACCCGGACCGGGUUCUUCCACAUAUGCGUCACUGACAACAACCCGGAGGUUCUCCUGUCGCAGAUCGAGUCCCGGGGCGGGAAGCGUGUCGGGGAUUACAUGGACUACUCGAGAUAUGGCUUGGAAGGGCACAAGGGCAUCUACACGCAAGACCCAUGGGGCAACGUGAUUGAGGUCAUGAGCAUAAGCCUAGAGAGGGUUUCAUCCACUGGAGAAGCACUCGCCAAAGCAGCGGAAACCCUACAGAAGCUUGCUCGCGAAUCGGAACAGAAGCUCUAG